AUGGCGCUCUCUCUGCCUCCCGAAAUCCUCGACCACAUCUUCUCUUACCUAACAUCCGAGUGGCAGGAAGAAUCCCUGGCUUCAGCUGGAUUGUUCAAUGUACAACAAUUCAAGUGGCAUAUUUACGCAAGUGUCUGCAGACAAUGGCAAGCUUUUGUGGAGCGAAAAAAUUUCAUGGACAUACAUCUCACCCCUGCACGGCUCCCGGAAUUUUGCCGAAUAUUCGGUCUUUUGAGCCCUGGGCCCUCAAGUUUGUCCAAAUAUCGACGCCGCCUACUCAACAGUCUGACUUAUAAGGUGGUGCUUCCAGAGUAUGAUGUGGAGGCCUGUGCGCGAGUUGAGAGCAAAACAGAUCGGGACCAAAAUAGCCAGAUCUUCACGGACGGCGUAAAAGCCCUCUGGGAAGUUCUAAGCACAUGGCCUGAGAACAAUCAGCGUCCGCUCUCCUUGAAUUUAUGUGCUCAAUCCCCUAGCGAUCAUCUAGCACGGCAUGAUAGCGAUGCAAUGCUCGCUCGAUUUCGAAAAAGAUUCGAGACUGGGGACAUACUUGGCGACAGAUACGAAAAUUCCUUCCUGGAACUGAAGGAGGACCUGAGACGACCGAUCAAAAUCAUCGAUGAAUUUAUCAUCGAAACAAUCAUCUAUCGGCAGAUCACCCCAGUUGCUGCAUUCCAUAUCAUAUCUCGCCUACCUCGACUGAAAACAGUCAAUCUUCAGAUCAAUGAUCCUGAGUUGAACGGUGACAAGGAAGAGGCAUUCCGAGAUCGGCUACGUCAGGAGUUCUCUGAGAGCAUUCCCGACCUGCCUCAAUCCGUGGAGACCUUUAGGCUUGACUACGCUGCGAUGCCCCUCUACGAGAAACGCCCCGCGUUGCAGAGCCAGCAGCUGGUGUACCUUGAAUUGCUGAAUAUCAUGAUUAGUCCAGAGCUUUUUUGGUCAGCUGGUAGUACAACAAUCUGGCCCAAGCUGGAGACUUUCCAUUUGUCUUUCGCAAGUGCUACUUGUUCGGGAGAAUGGCUGCUCGAAAAAGACCCAAGAUGGCGAACCCAGAUGGUCAAUCCAUUCACUGGUGAAAUCGAACCAGAUGACGUUCCGCCCCCCGAUUACAUGCUCCCUGAUGUGUUCCGCAUCAAGCCCACUAAAGCUAUCAAUACAUUGUAUGUUGCUGCUGGGCAGGCUGCGCGGCGUAUGCCUCAACUCAAGUCGAUGAAGGUCGUGUCUCUUGCCUUUACAGUGGAGGAGAACGGCCUGGAAUACCUUUUCGACGAGACGGCCGAACACUGGCUUCACUAUCAACGGUCUGAAGGCAAGGCCACAUGGAUUAGUACCAGUGAAUUCCAUCCCUCAAAUGAAGUCCGUGAGACCUGGAAUGAGGUAGCAAAGAGCCAUGGGCAUUGCGGGGCUACCAUUGAGAACUUGGGUUUCCACGGCAGAGCACCUCAUUGGGAAGAUGACCCUCGGGAUUUUGAUGAAUCCUACAGGGAACAAGAACAGUGCUUUUCAUGGGAUAAUUACCAGGAGGAUGAUCAUCAAGAGUAG